AUGGAGACAGAGAAUUUUAAGAGAGUAGCAAAUCAAGGUAUUCAACCACAGCAUGAGAAUAGCGAUAUUGCUUCUUUAUCGACGCUAGGGAUGAGAAUAAGGAAGUCGGUUGCAGAUGGCUAUAAUGUACCAUCCAACAACUAUAAUGGAUAUAAUGCAUACGAUAGGAUGGGAUAUUCUAAUCGUGGGGAAUAUAAUAGAGUCGAACCUAAGGCUAUUGGAAUAUUUGGGGGAAAUCAGAAUGAAAGCAAUAUAGAUUUUGAACCGGCUAGAGUGCCCUUACCUACACAUAUGAGUCAGCCACCUGCAUUAACUAAUGCUGGAUCAACCAUCGGAACUUGUUCGAACUUGUCAGAAUGGGAAAACAAUUAUGCAAACCAUUCGCCAGCUAUCACCACGUUGGGGGUCUUUGACCAAAGUUCUAAGGGUAAGAGAAAGUUUGAUGAUAUUGAUGAGAAUUCAGCUUCAUACGGCAACAGUGCUGUAAUCGGAUCUGGUGAUGUUUCAGGUAGUGCAAACUAUGAUAUGGGCACGGAAUAUUACCGGGCAAAAUAUGGCGAAUUAAAAUUCGACGAAGACUUUUAA